GUUCGCAGUCACCAGUGAGCUGCUAGUUGUACUGACGUACGCCAAGCACUGACAUGGCCAAGUGGGGCUCGGACCAGGAAGCUACGGCGCCUGUGCCCAUUCGGCUCACAACACGGCCCUUUCUAGAGAACUAAGUGUCCUUCUUCUUGUAGCUCUCCUUGUACCUUCGCAUCUUGAAACAGUGUGCAAAAGGAAGCACUAGGUCUGGGCCAGUAGUUGUCUUGUGUCAUCCGCACGCGCCAAUACCGACCUUGGGAGCUUCCGACAACCACGUUGUGACCGCGUGACAAGUUCUAUCUUCUCGCAUUCGUUCAUGAACCCCAUCUCAACCACUAACGCCCAUCAUGGAAAGAUCCAAGUCAAGGUUGAGUUCUCCAGAGCGAGCCAGUUCUGUGGCGUCAAGGGCUACGGCAUCCCGUGCCAGCAGUCAGGAAAAGCUAGACGAUAUUGAAAAAGCAUCAACUGCUGUCGGAAGCCCGCAAACCUCUCCACUUGAACACGAUAGCAUAUUCAAGCCCGAAGCGGAUCUUGGGAAACUCCCUGGUCAUGGAAAGCCGCGCAGAGAGUCAGAAUCUACCAAGUUUGGUGGUGAAGAAGAGAAUCCAAAUGUCAACGUAUCGUUUCACAGACCAUCUACUCCGUCUACUGUUCACAAACUCAAGGGCUCCACGUACCAAAAUGUCGGCGAGAGCGGAAUUAAGAGAAUGCACAAAUUCUCACUCUACGAAACCAGUACUCGCUUCUACCUCAUUGGUGCCGAUAUCACGGACAGGCAGUUUCGCGUGCUGAAGAUUGACCGGACUGCUGCACCUGGGCACUUGAACAUCUUCGAAGAUGACAUUGUGUACAACCGGCGAGAGAUGCACCAGCUUUUGGAUACUAUAGCUGAUGGUAACAAAGCCACGGGAGGUAUGAGGUUGAAGUGCAGCACUUGGGGUCUGUUGGGCUUCAUCCGAUUCACUGAGGCAUAUUACAUGCUUCUGAUAUCGAAAAGAUCACAGGUGGCCAUGUUGGGCGGCCAUUACAUUUACCAAGUCGAUGGCACAGACAUGGUUCCACUGACGACUGGAUCAACGUCAAGGUACCAGAAAGACCGCAAUCCGGAAGAGGCGAGAUUCUUGUCUAUUCUCAACAACAUGGACCUGAACCGAUCCUUUUACUUUAGCUAUUCCUACAACGUGACGAGAAGCUUGCAACAGAACAUCAUCCAUCAACGGACUGCGCUUAGUGAAGGUAUCUCCAACCCCGAGCGCGAUUUCCAAGACAUGUUUGUCUGGAACCAUCAUCUUCUGAACCCUGCGCGGGAUGCAUUGAAGAAUGUGUACGACUGGUGCCACCCUGUGAUACACGGAUACGUGGACCAGUCUUCUCUGGAUAUAUUCGGGCGACGAGUGUACCUUACCAUUAUUGCUCGGCGAUCCAGAUAUUUCGCUGGUGCUCGCUUUCUCAAGCGCGGAACGAACGACCUCGGAUAUGUCGCCAAUGAUGUUGAGACAGAACAGAUUGUGUCUGAGCAGACUACCACGUCUUUUCAUGCCCCUGGACCACGAUUGUAUGCAAAUCCAUCCUACACAUCCUACGUGCAGCAUCGUGGUAGCAUACCGUUAUAUUGGACCCAAGACAAUACUGGCGUAACGCCAAAGCCCGACAUCGACCUAAGCCUUGUAGACCCCUUCUACAGUGCGGCAGGACUACACUUUGACAACUUGUUCGAUCGAUAUGGUGCUCCAGUAUACGUUCUCAACCUCAUCAAGGCGCGCGAGAGAACCCCGAGAGAAUCGAAGUUGCUCUAUGAAUACAAACACGCCAUCGACUACCUCAAUCAAUCCUUGCCGAAUGACAAAAAGAUAAUAUACGAAGCGUUCGACAUGUCAAGGGCGGCCAAGACGAGAGGUCAAGACGUCAUUGGCACUUUGGAAAAUCUGGCUGAGAAGGUGUUGCGUAAGACUGGAUUUUUUCGCAACGGCGAUAACGAGUUCGAUACGCCUCAAGUUCAAAACGGAGUAGCGCGAACCAAUUGUAUCGACUGCCUGGAUAGAACCAAUGCUGCUCAAUUCGUCAUUGGGAAGCGAGCACUAGGUCGACAGCUGCAAGCGCUGGGUGUCAUAUCUGGCAACACAGUAGAGUACGACUCCGACUGCGUUGAGCUCUUCACGCAGAUGUUUCACGGGCACGGUGACACCAUUGCGAUCCAGUAUGGUGGCUCACAUCUGGUCAACACGAUGGCUACGUAUCGGAAAAUCAAUCAAUGGCAGAGUAGUUCACGCGAUAUGGUUGAGAGCUUCAAGCGCUACUACCACAACUCAUUCCUCGACUCCCAGCGUCAAGAGGCCUACAACUUGUUCUUGGGUAACUAUACCUACCGUCAAGGCCAACCAAUGUUAUGGGACUUGUCGACAGACUAUUACCUCCAUCAUCAAGAUCCGAAAGCAUUCCUUGAGCGCACACGACGCGAUUAUGUUCAAUGGUACACACUCUCGCAUCUUCAACAGCGCAGAUUACCACCCUCAGUCAUGCCAGCCCAGCCAACCGAGGAAACUGCGUUUGACUUCAUCAGCUUCCGUGAUGACUACUGGCUCGAAUACUACAGACCACUAGCUAUCUCUUCGUAUCUCAAAAUCUUUGCCUUCCGUCUAGCUAAGCCACGACCAGGUCGCGAUAGCCGCGAUGGAACAUUUCCAACUCGCAAGGAAAACAUGUCCCCGUUCGUCCCUCGCACCAAGCAACAAGACCACGACGCACAAGGAAGAGACGGAAAGAAAGGCCCUCGAAAAGGCGUCACUAUACUUGAUCCGUCCAGCGAGACAGAGGCAAAACCAAAUCGUAUCCCAGGUAUUCGCGGUAGAGAUUUGCAUCUUAGCGUUGAUUCAUCUGUCCGACAUUCGAUUCUCCGAGAUUCGCACUUUGAGACACAUCCACCAGCUCCACCACCAUCAGCAUAUCAGUCUCUGACUAAUUCAACGUCAACUUCGACUGGCCUCUCAUCUACAGUCAAGCCCGGCUUUAAACCAGCUGAUAAAGCCCUAGUCCAUCAGUGGACAUUAACGCAAUUCUACGAAAACAGCAUGAAUCCAUCUGUAUCCCACGGCGAAGAAGAAGAAUAUGCCCGCUAUAUUGAGCAUCCACUCAAUCUGCCCCUCGUAGUCAGCAGCGAAAUGCCCAGCGCUGACGACCCCAGCGCCAUGGAAUUCUACGAUUACCUUUCCAUGACCGAAGGCAGCAUCCCAGCACCAAAAGACUUUGACGAAGAUGGCGUUCAGAUCACGCUCUCUGAUCUACCUCGCCUAGACACGGAUCUCUCGUCUCACCACUCCUUCGCCCGCCCCAUGACCUCACAGUCAGUAAGCACGCCCUUCUCCCACGCGCCCUCCUACUCGUACCCGCAAACGUACAAUCUACACCCACACGUCUACUCUGAUGUCCAGCAGCCGCCCCCACAGCCACAGUCUACCGGAAGCAAGUUUCAGACCCCAGAAGAGGACAUUGAGGAGUUUGAAGAAUUCUUGCGCGUCAAGGAGAACCCGCUGGAUGUAGAGGAAGAGGAUACGGCGAAGAAGAGGUAUAAGGCGUAUAGGCAGUGGUUGAGGGGCAAGAGUUUCUUCAAGCAGAGUAAGGUUGAUCCUGAGUGGCAGGCACAGCUACCAGUAAGGUAGAUAGGAGGAGAUGGGAUUUAGGGUAUCAUGUGCUUUGUUUCUGGCUACUUGAAAUGUGUUUAAUGUCGA